GGCCCCCGCAGCUCUCUUCCAUUCCAGUGUCGCAAGUCAUCCGUCUAUUGUUGUGGGAUUGAAUGUCGCGCAUACUUCUGGUACAGAAUUAGGUCCUUGGUUGUGAGUGAUACGCUGUGAGCGGGUUGCCUGUGGGGUGGAAAGUCCGGACGGGUUUUUUUUCUCAGAGUGGACAGUGAGUGUAGAAGGCUAAAACUGUGGAGGUUGGCGUGAGGGGAAGCUUUGGUUACACCAUGGAGGAGAUUAUGCUGUGAAGCGGAGAUUGGUGUUGUAGGAGGGGAAAACUGGAGCGGCUGGGGGGCGGGGGGAGGGUGGGAGUGUAGCGUGGCGUUGGGGUAGGAGAAGCAUGACGACGAUGAUGGAGGGAGGCGUUAGAGCGAUGCACGAGGAGGCCCACAGGAUGAGGGCCAUGGCCAACUAUGGGGCGAGCUUGGGCCUGGGCGUGGAGUUCUCCAUGGUGAACCGAGUCGGGGAUGGUGGUGGUCCGCGGGCGUGCCCCGUGCAGCUGGAUCUCCUGCCGCUGAGGCCUUCGUCGCAAUCGAAUUCGAACUCGCAGGUGACGGCUCCGUCCGUGCCGUCGUCGACGUCUUUCCGGGGGCUGGCUUGGCAGCCGCUGGUGGGUUCUCGGACGAACUCUGGGAGCGGGAACGAGGACGGCGAGGUGACGACGUAUACGAGCGGGGGGCGGGGCGGGUCGCCCCGGUGCGGUAUCGACGUGAACCAGAUACCGUCGACCGAUGGAGAGGAGGAGGCGGCGGUGUCGUCGCCGAGCAGCAUCGGGAUGAAGCGGGGACGGGGGAAAAUUCAGCACGAGUUUGAUCUGGAGAGGAACGCGACGGGCGAGAUGAGCUCGCGAGGGGGCAGCGACGACGAGGACGAAGGGACGGCGCGCAAGAAGCUGCGGCUGUCGAAGGAGCAGUCGGCGCUGCUGGAGGAGAGCUUCAAGGAGCACAGCACGCUGAACCCGAAGCAGAAGAACGCGCUGGCGAAGCAGCUGGGGCUGCGGCCGCGGCAGGUGGAGGUGUGGUUCCAGAACAGGAGGGCGCGGACGAAGCUGAAACAGACGGAAGUGGACUGCGAGCUGUUGAAGCGAUGUGUGGAGACAUUGACGGAGGAGAACAGGAGGUUGCAGAAGGAGCUGCAGGAGCUGCGAGCGAUCAAGGUGGCGCCACCGUGCGUGAUAUCGCACGAUUUCUACAUGCCUCUGCCCGCGGCGACGCUGACGAUGUGUCCAUCAUGCGAGAGAGUAGCGACGGUGGACAACAGGUCGCUGACGUUUGCGAAGCCAGGAUUUUCACAUCUUUCACAGUCAAGCGCAGCUUGCUAGGGAUGUGGCAACGUGGAGAUGUGGCUUGGUAGUUUUUAAAAGUUCUCACGGGCGACUUCCAUUGAAGAGAUCCGCUCUGUGUUGUACGAUAAUGUCAUCAUAUAGCCUUACCUGCUAGCGCUAGAACAAUUUUCUUUUGUUGAUCUUUUGCACAGACGUGCUACUGGAUGAUGCGUGUAUACUUCUUUGAAAAGGUAGCUUUUCCAUUA